AUUUUAAAUUAAUCAACAAGUCAUUUAAUUUUAAGUUCUGUUAAUGUAAAAUACAAUUUGAUGACGCGUAACGGCCCACAGUUUCCCUCUCCUGCAUGCGCGCACGGGCAUGUUCAAGGCGAGACGAGUGACCACAGCUGAAACUCAUCAAAGCGUCGUGGUGAAUGGUCUUCAGUCACUUUGCCGUGUGCCUUGCAAGGACAAAAAACUCUUCAUCUUCUCCUGGUAUCCUGGUUUCGUGGACCAAGGGGUUCAAUUUGAGACGUGGUCAGCCUCUCAGGACAAACGAGAUAUCACCUUCUCCUUCCCCUGAGUUUGUGUACAGGUGCCAGAUGCCACAACCGGCUCAACUCCGAGUGAUCAUUGCAGAUCAUGAUGUCCGUAAAGUUGUACUACCAUCUGGAAUCCCUGAGACAUUGGAUGACCUUCACUCAGUCAUUCGUGAUACAUUUUCCAUUGCCAAAGACUUCAGUCUUCACUACAAAGAUGUGGAUUUUGAUGAGUUUUUCACCCUUUUAUCUACAACUGACCUCAAGGAUAAGGACACAAUCAAGGUUGUGUUUCUCCCAAACCAGGAGCCUCCAAUCAUUUUAACCUUAACUGAUGUGACCAACAUGAAUAAUCAGCCUUGUGAGGAGCCCGAUGUUGACGACACCGCAUCCGUGUCAACCGAUGACACACUAAUUCUCUCAUCUGAAGAUAGUCCAGGCCACCGUUCCCAGCCCAAAUUCAGUCAGGAAAUGAGCGCUUCAAUAAAUAUGGGACUCUUCUCACUACCAAAGAUUUAA